AUGAAGUACGUUCAGCUUACAAUCGAGCUCAUCACCAAGGCCUUUGAGACAUUCUCCUCUAAGAAGGGAGUGGAGUUUAACAAGAAAGAUGCAAAUAAGAUCUUUAAGGCGCUUGAUGAGGAUGAGGGAGUAGAGAGAUACUACUUUUGUGGAGAAAAGUGCACCAAGUCCAAGCGCAAAUGCAUGAAGGAAGUUGAUGAUGAAGGCAUGCAUUGUUAUGUCCACGAUCCUGCGCGCAAGUGUCAAGGCACAACUAUUAAGGGUGCUAAUUGUGGUAGUGUAGCCAAACUUGGUCAAACAUACUGUGGACGUCAUCAAGAUCAAGAUAGAGGUUAUAUAAAACGUAGUAACAACAACGCACCUGUCGACAAGCGUACUAAGUCUUCCAAGGCUUUAAAGAAGACACAUACUUCUAAGUUUGUGUCUUCCGAUGACGAUAUGACUUCCGAGGAUGAAGAACCAAAGAAGCGAAAGAGAAACAAGCAGGAGUCAUCGGAUGAAGAGCCGUCCGAUGAUGAUGAUGAAGAAGAUAUAAUUGCCGUCUCCUUUCCGUUGAGUCCAAAGUACAUUAUUAGGCUAAAGGAAAAGAAUCUCUACAUUGCAUUGUGUCCACCUAAGCUCAUGGGCAAGAAUCUCCCUGCGCCAGAAAUAUCUGAGAAAGAGGCACGCAUAUUGGCCAAGAUGGGUCUUCAAGAGGCAACUUCAGCAGAUGUAGAAAAAAUAGAAGAGUCUUCUGCUGAUGAGAAUUCUGACGAUGAUACAGAUGAUGGUGAUACGUCUGAUAAUGCUGACUCUGACGAUGAUUCCUCUAAAGAUAAAGACUCUGAUGAUGGCAAGUCCAAUAACAGACCUGAUGUAGAAUCUGGAGAUGAUACCUCUAAGGAUAACCCUGAUGAAAAACUAUCUCAUAAAAAGCCAUCUAAGGAUGAUGAGAAGAAGACUUCUCGAAAGAAAAGGCAUUCAGAGAUGCCCAAAAAUGCAGAGCCAUCUUCUAAUGUAGAUGUUUCUAAGGAUGAAAAAGAUGAACACACAUUUGCACUGGCCACAACGGUGCGUAACAUUAGAUCAGAGAAAGACAUACCACUUGCAAAGGAUGGAGGAUGGAUGGUUCAUCCUAAUAACGACAUGCUUGAGUAUGCAACUAACUUUACGAUGAAGGCUAAGUACAUUGUCAAGCUAUGUGGAAAGAAUACAUACGUUGGCCUGUUUACGCUUGAUCAUCUGCGUGGCGGUGGUGAUGUUCCAGAGAUGGAUAUCUUGGAACGCUCCAUGCUUAGCAAGAUGAAACUUCAAGAAAUGUCUGAUGAAGAGAGAAAGAUGCUUUUCAACGAGGAGGUCGAAGUAGAAGAGGAACUACCACACAUUCUCAAGAUCCGCAAGCAAAACAUUGUAGUUGGCUUGGUGACUGAUGACCACAUUGGUGCAGAGAAUGUCGACUAUGAUAAUCUUAACCAAAAGGAAAAAGAAAAGAUCUUUGCUAUGGGCUUUAAGCCACAAUGGUCUAAGGAUAGGUCGACAGAGAAAGCUAUCGAAGAAGAACUCCGCGAGGAAUACGUUUCGGCAGAUGAUAGUAUUCAAGCCAAAGAGAAAAGUACGAUGGAAGAAAAGAAGCCUCUUGAAGUAACAUUUGAGACCGCAGAAGAGUAG